UGGAGGAGUCAACGAGGCGCCCAUGAAGGCAACACGGGUUAUCACCACCAUCACAGCCAGUCUCUAUCAUCCCCCACCGAGGUGUCACUUUAGGCAGCUAAGUACCUGUUUUACUCUGCGUUUAAUUGAACCAAUUUUGAUAUACAUUCCUGCUCGACAUUUCGGGGCCUUUGUUGCCAUGAAGGGAAUCAGGUUUUUUGUGGUUUUCUUGGUGCUUUCCGCGUCUUUGCUGUGCACAGUCGAAGCGGCCAGAAGCAGGACCAGCAACCAGAACAGCUUCCGACGGGCAGCUAACGGUAUCUACCAGACUCUGAGCAGCGUCUUCGGAGAGGACAACAUUAGAGGGUUAUACAAGUUUUUCUCCAAAACAACAGAGCGGUUUGUUCAUGGAGUGGACUCUUUUCUGGACACUAUCUGGAAGAUCUGGUCAGAUCUGCUGGACGUGAUGGGCAUCGACUCCUCAAACCUCAGCCACUACUUCAGCCCAACAUCUCUCACCAACUCUCCGGCACGCGCCCUGCUCCUGGUUGCCGCUGUACUCUUGGCCUACUGGUUCCUCUCCAUGUUCCUGGGGGGUUUCUUCUACCUGCUCCAUGCCGUGUUCGGACGCUUUUUCUGGCUAGCUCGCGUCGCGCUCUUCGCCCUGUCCUGCCUCUACAUCCUGCAGAAGUUCGAGGGCGACCCAGAGCGAGCUGUGCUGCCGCUGUGCUUCAUCAUGGCUGUGUACUUCAUGACGGGGCCCGUGGGAGCGUAUUGGCGCAGGGGGGGCGGGGCAGGCUCACUGGAAGAGAAGAUCGACCACUUGGACACUCAGAUCAGGCUGCUUAACAUCAGGCUGAGUCGUGUCAUAGACAGCAUGGAACGCACUGGGGACCAGUAGACUUAGGUGGCAGCGAGGAUGAAGGUGGGGGGGGGGGUAUUAUAGAAAUGGCUGCGUUCAAUGUCAGCAUGCUGUUUCCUGCGCACACAUCUGCAGCAACACAACUGCUGGGUAUUUACAACUCUAUUGUCAGACAAAACUAGAUUUGACAGUAUUUUAACGGCAUGAGUUGAUUUUAGUUACCAGAUACCUAAAAAUCCUCAGAGGUGUGGACAGUUAACUUGAAGCUCACACAAAUGAACCAAACAACAAGUUUUUUUUUGUUUUGUUUUUGUCUCAAGGCUUUGAAAGGUUUUUGUUACAUCUGUAAGGAGGUUAUCAGAGAGAUGUCCAUGGUUUUCUAAAUGUUGGCCUAGUUCUACACCUCAGCUACUUUUGAGAAACUCCAAAGUUGGGGUUUGAAUCUUUUGGUGUUUGGAUAAGGAUAAAUGCUCGUGCUAAGUGAAUAAGCAUCUUUUAUGUAUGUUUGUUUAUUUUUAUCCUUGUGUGAAUAACCUGGGGGGGGGGGGGUUACACAGGUUCAUCCACAAACAUUUUCCCCUUUUUGAAACUACUGAAGUAGGAGAGGCGUAAGGUAUAUGAUGCAGGCGACAGAUAAAAAUGAAAAGUAAAAAUCCUGAAGGUGUUGGAUAGUUGUCUAUACUAAGAUUUAUUUAUUCCAUUUCCAUCCAAAAUGUCGAAGUUCUGUAGAUCUAGUUUCUUUCAUGAAGUUCCAGUUCCAGAGUGACAAUAGUUUGACAUCAGGACCUCCUUUUCUUGUGUGAAUUUGUGUGUAUGGAUGUAUAAGGCAACCUACUUGAAUGUGUGUGUGUGUGUGUGUGUGUGUGUGUGUCAAGCUUGUGAAAUGAAAAAGCACUGUAUUAAAAAGUCACCAUCAGACUAGGAGAAAACACAUACAGACAGCAAUACCUCAGGGACUCAACCAACACACAAAUGCAAUUGGAAAUAAGAUAUUAAGUAUGUUAAAAAUCAUCUCUUGGUCUCUUUGAGUCACUUGACAGUUUAUCAGAUAUGUUCAUAUAUUCUGUCUCAGUAACUUACAAUACUCAUGUUUUUGCAUCAUGUUGAAAUUGCAAAGUUUGAUUCAUAUCCAAUGUCAAAACCAAAUCCUGCUUUUCAUUCACAGUUUGAGCACGGACAAUUACUGUACAAAUUUCAACUUUAGCUAGUGUAUCUAAAGUUUCAAUUUGAGAAAUAGAGUUUCUAAUAUUUAACUAUGUAAAUGGUCUGGGGAAAAAAAAUUUGGGUCACUUUGAGUCCCAUCACACUGGCCUGAAAUCUGUCUUUAUACAAAUUUAUCUUGUAGGAUUGGAUUUUUUGUCGGGUAUAAAUGGGAUAUUGCCUUGGUUACGCAUUAAGCCCUUGUGCAUUUCAUCCUGUGGGGGAAAAUACAAUUUGUACUGCACAACCCUAAACCCAAAAAAGUAUUCAUGUUAGUACGUGAUCAUUUCUUUUACCAAUAACUUAAUGAUUUAAUGCUGGAUUGAUUCACACACUAUUUCAUUCUGUUAAAAACUGUGCUUUGUGUACAUUACUGUAGCCAUUGUUUGUUAGUUUUAUAGGACUUUUUUAUAGCUUUCUUAUUUCUGCCAUAAUUGUUUUAUAUUCUCAUCAUGCAUUGUCUUAAGAGAUCUGUCAGUGUUUCUUUUUCCUGCCAUGGUUCACUAUGUUUAUCACAUCCUCAUCUAUACAUAUUCCCCCUUGCACACUCUGUGUAAAUUCCAUUUAUAGAAUCUGAACUCUGUAAACAUGCUUUUAUACAAGUGACCCUAACGCUGUGCAACUUGGGGAAAAAAGAGCUGUUGCUUUCAGCAUCUCAUGAGAACGACCGACUAAAGAUGAACACAAGUCAGUGAUGAUUGAAAUGGUCAGAGGGCUCUUGCAGUUGCCUCACACUUCUGAGGCCAGAGAAAAAGAAAACUGUUUUAUUCGAUACUCAGAUUGACAGACCCCUCAGCUACUAUUACUGUCUAAUAAUUACCGGUACAUGUGGGUUCUUCAUGUGUUCAGUCCAGCAACUGACUUCAGAUUCAUCUUGCCUUUCAUGUUUAUCUUGGUACCAAGGCUCAUUGCCAGCAAAAUUCAACAAAAAAUACUUCAAUAUGCAGCUUAUUUUAAUCUGUAUAAUUUUUUAUUUAUUUUUUUUGUAAAUCUCUGAGAAAAAAUUAACACGUCCAGUUUGUCCCCUGCCGUAAACCACCCCAGGUAACUCAUAAUAUCCAAAAUUUUUUGGAUGUUUUGCAUGCUGUUUUUGUGCCUAUAAUGUUAUGUUACAUUAUAUACAUGUUUGUUGACUACCUAGGUAGAGAGCCCUUCCAAAAUGUGAUUUGUGAUGUGAUGAAUUAGCCAGAUAUGAAUUAUAUUAGGCAUUUGUAUUAUAAUGAGUCUCAAUUUCUUGUACCAUUGCAUUUGCACCGAUUACUGUACUUUGUAGACCAAAUUGUCACAUUUACGAGGGCUGUUCCACACCACAAGACCAAACUGGACAUAAACCCUCUGAGUUUUUCUCUCAUUCCAUCAUGUCAUGCUGUCUGUGUUACAAUCUCUGCUGUGUUGGUAUCAUUUUAAAGAGGUGAAGCUGAUGUGUAGUGUGUGGUAACCCCAACAGUCUGUGGCCAAUGACCUGUGUAUGUUUAAAUAAUGGCAGCAUGUGUGAUUCAUGAAGGUGUUAAGUGAUUAGAAUUAAUAAUGUAUGUUAAUCGAGGAAGGUUUUACCCACCUUUAGAACAGCAUGGCACUUAACUUGUUGGAGUCAGGUGAUCUUAAGAUGUCAGGCUCUCAUUCAUUAUCAUGUUUUCAAACAAAAAUGUUCUCAGAAUCUCAAAAGAUUCAGGAUUUAGAGAGUUAUUUAUUAAAUCUUGCAUUUUAGACACUGAAAACUGUUCAGGAGAAAAAAGAACCACAAAUAAAACUGCUUCUCUUCGAACUGCACACAAGUUUCUCUCACAGUUUUAUUAAUUAUUUCUAGCACAACAAAAAUGUCAGUUUCUGAGUCAAAAACCAGCUUGAAAACACUCCAAAGGCUCUGAGAGAGAGGCUUUAACCUUCCUUUCCAAUAUCAUAGAAGAGAUACAGUAUACUUAAAGUUGCCACUAGCUGUAGACCUCCUCAUGUACCACUUGUUGUUAACACUCAGAUGCUGAAAGAUGUCAGUAGAUCUCUUUGUUGCACUGAAUUGAAUGCUACACUCAUUUAUUCUGUGUUAAAACUAUCUUCUGAAUGACUUGUAAUUCCAUCAGUUUAAUGUACUGUAUCCUACUUAUUCCUAUUACUCCACAUAACAUGCUUUUUAUAACAUGCUGUGCCAAUAAUGUAUAUUUUCCAUUACUUUAAGGCAAUUCUUUGUAACUUGAAUUUUGAGUAGAUGUGGAUAGAUAUUUUGUUUUGUUUUUUUCAUUUCAUCAAUUAACAUUUUUAGACCUUUUUUUAAUCUGAAUAUUUCUGUACUUCAGUGACGUGGCAACUGCCAAACUGUUCUGCCUGCUGAUGUCUACUUUGUGUGUGAGUCUUUAUGAAAAUAUGUUGAUGGAUAAAUGGUUCUUUUUGGUGGCAGAGUGAAAACGAGGUCCAGAUUUGAAUAAAUUUAACACCGCAGUAUGACAAAAAAGUCUUUCUGUGAUUUCCCUGCA